AUGUAUAUACCAAUAUUUAAAAUUGUUGAAUUCGAAGAUGGUAUACAGUUAGUUCCUACUAACUGGCUCACAGAAAAUGAAACGCAUUGUUAUUGGCUUCCAGCUUCACUCAAUCAAAUAAAAGUCAAUAAACUAAUCGCAAAUAGAUCUAGUCCUGGCAAAAAUUGGAAUGCAUUCUCCAUUCAACGUGUAUUUGGAACAUCAGAUAACUAUACAGAUGGAAUGUUUAAAUUGAAACAAGCAGAAAUACAUUCAGAGUUGGAAAGUGGUUCAGAUACUGAUUGUAAGAAACGUUCAAGACAUGAUAGAGCUGCCAUAACAUUUGAACUAAAUAAUGAAGAUUUACUUUGCAAUAAUUUAACAACACUACUUCCUAAGAAGAAAAGAAAACUAAGUUUUGACACAACUAAGACAACCAGAAACUUUCAAGAAAUAAUUUUUCUUAAUUUCCCCAGUCCUUUGCAUGAAAUCAACCCUGGAAAUAAUUUGUUGAACAACAAGGACGAUUUUGAAGCAGACGAUAUUUAUCCUAGUAUUUUAUCAGUUUUACAUUCUCAACCAAUGUCAACACCGUUGUCUAAGUUUCCAAAGGAUAAUCUUUCGAAGUCCAGUGAAAAAUCAAGUAACAAUGCAGGUAAAUGUUUUGAUUUAUUAAUUUUACCUCUAUAG